AUGGCAGAUCCCAGCGGCAGCGCAGCACCGCCUGCAGCGGACGGAGCCGCACCCGAAGUGAGGGAAGACGACCUCGACGUCGCGAUCGAAACCGACACGAACAUAGCCGGCCCGUCACAAGCUGCGGACCCCAUGAACGUCGACGGCGCAAACGACGCGGAGGCUCACAGCAUGAACGGCGUCGACCCCACAAUACCGCAGGCGCUGGAGGCGCGGAUACCGGCGAAGAAGGACGCGACGCUGCGGGAGUUUCUGGGGAGGAUGGACGACUAUGCGCCGAUUAUACCAGACGCAGUGACAAACUACUAUCUCACACUCGCCGGCCUCCCCCCGCCGCCCCAGACCUCUCCUCAGCUCGCCCGCCUCCUUGCUCUCGCGACGCAGAAAUUCAUCGCCGACAUCGCGGCAGACGCGUAUCAGUACUCGCGCAUCCGGUCUUCCAACACCACGAGUAACAACCCGAUGGGUGGGCUAGGCGCGGGUCCGGCUGGUGGGCCUGGCGCUGCGGGCGCCGCGGGCGCACAGGGUGGAAAGGAAGGCGGGCCGGCGGGCAAGGGAAUGAAUCUUGGUGUGCAGAGGCCGGGAUACGGAGGUGGGGGGCAGGGGGGCAGUCAAGGGAGGACGGUGCUUACGAUGGAAGAUCUGGGGAUGGCGGUUGGAGAGUAUGGUGUUAAUGUCAAGAGGGGGGAAUUCUAUCGGUAA